AUGGGCAGACGAGCUGUUUCGCCUACCGCUUCCGAGAAUGGCUUCGAACUCUCGAAUGCCUUGUUUGGAGGAGCUGGUUUAGACUCGGACGACGACACCACACUCGCCGGAUUCGAACAACCCAAACCCGCUGCCAUCGAUGCUUCUGGAGGUGCUGGACUCGACGACGAUAGCGAUGGUGACGAACUAUACAUUGCUGCGCAGCAGGCUGCCAACAACAGAAAGACGAAGGACUUGACAGGAAAGACAAUCAAGAAGGGAGGAGGUUUCCAGUCCAUGGGCCUGAACGGACACCUGCUCAAGGCCAUCACUCGCAAGGGAUUUUCAGUACCUACUCCCAUUCAGCGCAAGACCAUUCCCGUCAUUCUCGAUGGUCAAGAUGUUGUUGGUAUGGCGAGAACUGGUUCCGGAAAGACGGCUGCUUUCGUCAUUCCUAUGAUCGAGAAGCUGAAGUCACACAGCGCAAAGGUUGGAGCAAGAGCCGUCAUCCUGUCGCCGUCGCGUGAACUCGCCUUGCAAACACUCAAGGUUGUUAAAGAGAUGGGCAAGGGGACAGACCUCAGGACAAUCUUGCUGGUUGGUGGUGACAGUCUCGAGGAGCAGUUCUCGUCCAUGGCCUCAAACCCGGAUAUCAUUAUUGCCACCCCUGGUCGUUUCGAGCAUUUGAAGAUUGAGAUGAACCUGGACUUGUCCUCGAUCAAGUACAUUGUUUUCGACGAAGCCGAUCGCCUGUUCGAGAUGGGUUUCGCUGCACAGCUGGCCGAGAUUAUGGUUGCUCUGCCUCCUAACAGACAGACUCUCCUGUUCUCUGCCACUCUACCUAGAUCAUUGGUCGAAUUUGCUCGUGCUGGUCUUCAGGAGCCCAAACUUAUCCGUCUUGACGCCGAAACAAAGAUCUCGCCUGAUCUUCAAACCGCCUACUUCUCCAUCAACACUCAAGAAAAGGAGGGUGCCCUUGUACACAUUCUGAGAGACGUCAUCAAGAUGCCCAGCGGUCCCACGGAAAGAACAAAGCAGGCCAAGGAAGACAGCAUGAAGUCCAAGAAGCGCAAGCGUCCCGAUGGUCCUGGCGCCAACGAAACUCCCACCGAACACUCUACUAUUGUCUUUGCUGCUACAAAGCAUCACGUCGAAUAUCUCUACAACCUUCUCAGCCAACUCGGCUACGCUGUUUCCUAUGUCUAUGGUGCAUUGGACCAAACCGCCAGAAAGAUCCAAAUCCAGGAAUUCAGAUCUGGUCUAACAAAUAUCCUUGUUGUCACUGAUGUUGCUGCUCGUGGUGUUGAUAUUCCCAUUCUGGCCAACGUUAUCAACUACGAUUUCCCUUCGCAACCAAAGAUCUUUGUUCAUCGUGUCGGUCGUACUGCUCGUGCUGGCAAAAAGGGUUGGGCCUACAGUCUGGUCACGCAGAAAGAUUUGCCAUACCUGCUCGAUCUCCAGCUCUUCCUGAGUCGCAAACUGGUUCUUGGAAGAGAGCUCACCGACGAGAUCAACUACGCUGAUCAGGUCGUUCUGGGAACGCUUGUCAGAGCUCCUCUCGAGAUUUGUGUUGAAGAAGUCGGAAAGCUUGUUGAUGAUGAUGUCGACCUGACCGGCAUCCGCGAUGUUUCCGUCAAAGCUGAAAAGCAAUACGUCCGUACUCGUACCUCAGCCUCUUCUGAGAGUGCAAAGCGCGCCAAGGUUGUCGGCUCCUCUCCUCAUUACUCGGAAAUCCACACUUUGUUCGAGGACGAUUCAGAGGCUAGACACAUGGAGCUGGAAAGAGAGAAAAUGCUUGCUCGCGUAAGCGGAUUCCGACCUCCGGAAACAAUUUUCGAGGUCGGCAAACGCGGCAAUACUAACGAGGCCACCGAGAUCAUGAGAAACAGACGCGCCAAAAUCCAGCCUCGUAAACAGCUCGAGAAGGCUGCAGAGAUGGAGGAAAUGGAUGAAGACACCGCAGUCUUUGAUAACGAUGACGAUGACCUACCUGAAGGUGAUGUCGAUGUUGACCUCGAUGAAGCAUCUGAAGACGAGCUCGAAAUUACUUUCUCGCAACCCGAGAAGAAGAAGACAAAAACAUCAGGCGCAGGACAGGACUCGGAGUUUUUCAUGUCUUACACGCCACAAAAUAUCAACAUGGCCGAAGACCGCGGCUACGGCGUCCAUUCGGGCACGGAUGGAGGACGUAAUACUCACUUCUUGGAUGACGCCCGCGGAGCUACUAUGGACUUAGCAAACGAUGACACAAAGGCUUUCGGUGCUCCCAGCAAGGCUGGCGGUCAACGUUGGGACAGCAAGAGCAGGAAAUACGUGUCCCGCGCCAACGACGAGGAUGGCUCCAAGGGUGCAAAGAUGAUUACAGGUGAGAGCGGUCUCAAGAUCGCCGCCUCAUUCCGCAGUGGUCGCUUCGACAGAUGGCGAAAGGACAACAAACUCGAUGUUCUUCCUCGUGUGGGAGAGCUUGAGCGUCCGGGUAACAGAAAUGGCCGUGACAACCAACGCUUCAAGCACAACAUGGUCAAAGCACCCAAGGACGCCGACAAGUACAGAGACGACUACCACAAGCAAAAAGCAAAGGUGGAUGCAGCAAAAGAGAAGCGCGUUGGCAGAUUCGAAAGCGGACCUGGAAAGAGCGAGCUCAGAGGUGUUGACGACGUGCACAAGCUCAGACAAGAAGCGCAGAAACGCCAGGACAAGAAUGCUCGACCGCAAGGGUCAAGCAGUCGUGGCCGCGGCGGUGGCGGACGCGGUGGGCGCGGAGGCCCGAGCAGUCGAGGAUCCAGUCGAGGAGGAGGAUCGAGCCGAGGCGGCUUCGGAGAUCGUGGUUCUUCUUCAGGAGGAGGUAGAGGUGGGCGUGGUGGUGGCCGAGGAGGCGGCGGGCGUGGCGGAGGAAGAGGCAGAGGGGGCAGAAGCUAG